AUGGCGGAAGAACUGAGAAUGCUCAAAUUACAGACUCUGAGUGAGAUGGUAGAGAGAGCUAAAACUAUAAGCCGUGGGAAAGAGAUAUCUGAUCAACGGAAGCAGGAGCUGAGUUUUUAUGCUGGUUACGAUUCGCCUCACUAUGGGGGAAAGGGUAAAGCAAGGGGCAACUACAACGUCAAAGGUGGCAAGGGCGGUAAAGGCUUCAAGGGCUCACCUGGUAAAGGUGUUAUUCUUGUGGACGAACUGGUCACCUUGCCAGGGACUUGA